UAUUUAUGGUUUAUUGUGUCUUUUUUAUUUCGUCAGUCGUCGCAUACAUUAUAAAUUAAGUUAAAAAGGGAGAAAGUAAAAGGAUUCGCUUAAGAUAAAAAGCAAAAAUUCUACAUCUUAUAAUGCCAGACGAGAGCUGACGCUAUUUACUAUCUACUAAUUUGAUUAUUGUGGUGCAAUUAGUGAUGAUUCCUUUCCACGAACCUUAACAUAAUUUCGUAACAAACUAAAUGGCCAAGCAUUAAGUGUAAAAAUGUUUGGUAUAAACGGUACUGAUUUCCCACCAGUGAAAGAGGAUACUUUUUGCAAAUAUGUUUUGUAUUACGAGAUAAACAACUCAAGGGUUCGUAUUUGGGAUUUAAUUAUAUUGAUACCGAACGCCCUUUUUGUACUAUUCUUAGUGGUUAGAUUCAAUAAAGCUCAGUUAAAAUUGCGUGCUACUAGUAGUCCGAUUUUUCUGACUUUUUAUUCAUUAGUAUGGGGAAAUGUUAUCAUCAGUCUAAUAAGAUGUGCAGUGUCCAUGACUGUGAAUGCAGCUAUGCCCCUUGGAGGUCUAAUUGAUAAGAUCCUGUGGGUCACUGUAAGAUUCUUCCUCCUUGCAACUGAGAUGAGUGUGGUAAUUUUUGGACUUGCUUUUGGUCACAUGGAUAGUCGGAGCAGCAUUAGAUAUGUUUUAUUGGCAACAUCGUUUAUAUCACUGGCAUUUACCGUGACCCAAGGAACUUUGGAAAUUGUAAUGCCAGACGACAUGUUCCACAUUGAUUCCAGAGAUUAUGAUUUGUUUGGACACGGCGGAAUGCUCUUCUGGUUCACUUCAUCUCUCGUAUUUGGUAUCAUUUAUUUAGUCAUCUUGCUCCUUCCGUGGAUACCUAUCAGAGAGUAUUUAGCUUUGCCAACGAAACUCUCUUUUUAUUUUUACGUAUUACUUCUGGCUUUACUUGACAUAACACAGGCAGUUGGAGCCGGUCUCUUGAUUUGGGGUUCGAUGCAACCCGGUCUAUGUGUUGUUGAUGUUACCACCUGGCUUUAUUUCUCUUUGUAUACGCCACUCGUUUAUCAUACGUUCCUCAGCGAAUUUUUCAGUGUAUCACAGCCAAGUAUAAUGUUCUCAUACAAAGCUCAAAUGGAUGAGCCAAUGGAUGACGACCAAGUCUCUCUACCGCAUCAACAAAGUUUCAGCUCUCUUAAAACGGAUUCUGAUUACAUUUACCAGCAGAGCAACAGUGUAUACGACAGUACUCUAUUUGAGGCAGGUGGGACGACUCCAAUGAAUCCCAUGUAUAGUGCAUCCUUACAGAGUCCCGACUCAAUAGCAUCCGGCCAAUCAAUAGACAUGCACACUGGUUUCGUGAACCAAAAUAUGUUAUCAACAUAACAAUAACAGUAUAAUAUCGAACAUGUGAAUAACACAAUAGCAGUGGAAUCUUUACCACAGUUAUACUAUGAUUGCAGCUACAAACUGAACAAGCUGUGGUAAUUAUUCCAUUAAUUUUAAGUCAUUUGUAAGCCUCAUAACAUCUUUAAAUCCAAAGAUAUCUUACUUUAAGAUUUUAACGACUAUUUACUGUAUAGUUUUUAAGUUUGCGUGUCCUAGUUUUUCUUCGAAGAAUCUCUUUGUGUGUUUGUUUAAAAGCUUGUUUUGGUAAUAAGUGUAUCCAGUGAUCGAAUAGACUUGAGACUGUUACAUCCCAUCACUGCUUUAAAUGUAUGUAAUGGAUCCAUCCACAUAAUUUCAUAUAAGAUUAAGGUUAUUGUAAUAUUGUCGUAAAAGUGUGUAAUUUUGGACAUCGAAUCCAAGCCUAAUUAUACAUUAUACAGUGGGAAAUCCAAAUUGUCAUGAAAUUUAUAAUACUUUAGUGUUUUUCUUUGAAUGAGCUACACUCGAUCAAUUGUUUAGAUUUAUAAUAACAUUACUAGCAACCAAUUCGAACAUCUAACAACAUUAUUGCAGUGAGUUGAAUACGAAAAUUAGAUUUUUUAUAAUUAUUUAUUAAUUGUAAUUUUCUUGUGUGCAUUCAACUUGAAAAUUCAGUGCAGGUAGAUGUGCUCCUACUAAUUUUAUUCCAUAUAAAUUGAUUAUGAUACUUACAUAAUAUUGUUUUAUAAAUAUGUAAAAGCAGUAUUUUUAAUUAGGAAAAAUCCUUAGUAACAACAGCUAUGUUGCAAUUUUAAUCAACAUAAAUUAUAAUCUUUUAAGUAUAUUAUUGUACUAUGAAUUUUCUAUAAUAAUUUUAUUAUCGUACUGUGAUGUUUUACCUACUUAUUUUAUUUUUGUUGUUGAUUUAUUAUUUUAUAUUGUUUUAAGUUCUCAAGAUCAAUAUUUAAUACAGCUAAGCUGGUGUAUUUAGAUUAAGCUAUGCGCACUCUAAAUGAAAAUAAGGUUUUAUAACAAUUAUUAUUUUAAUAAUAUCAAUACAUUUUCGGUCAUCAUCACUAAGUUUUAUGAAUAUAAAGAUUCAUAAAGAUGCCUUAAAAUAUAAACUUAUAAAAAAAAAUAUGUUCAUCAGACAAUGUAAUAGCAAUAAUUGGUAAUAUCCUCAAAAAAUAAUAAAAGCGUUUUAUCAAAUCACUUCUAGGUUGAAAUAAUGAAUUAAACUAAUAUGGCUAUGAUGAAUUAAUAUAUCUGUUAUGAAACCAAUCAAUUUAUAUAUUUUGCUUUAGCUUGAUCGCAACCACUGUACCGCGCCCUAGGUAUGUGCGGUGAGGCGGGGACCGGGUAAGAAAGAGUUAGAAGUAAGAAAAAAACGGAACGGUCGGUACAUUCCCCGGCCUCGCCGCGCACAUACAUAUACAGCGGUACAGCGGUUGCGGUCAAGCUAUAAAGCUAUUUAGUUAAAUGCAACAUUGUCUGAAUUAAUUGAACGAUACGAUUACUAUCAAUUAAAAUCUUUGGCGGUAGAUUAUAUUUCAGUGCUAGGGAACUUUGUAAGCUUGUCAUGAAAUUUAUACAACUAAUUAAGUAACAUAGUAUAAAAUAUCUAGUAAACAGCAGACAGAACACGUUUUGCAGCUAAGUCGUCAUUUAACUAGUCUUAGGUUUUUAUAAAAAACUAUAGAAAGGGGUAUAAGAACUUGUGUAGAUUUUAGAUUGGCUCUAGAGGCAGCAUAUGAACUAUUAAAGUUUCUGUACGUGUAAUAAAUAGGAUUUGAUCACAAAAGAUUAAUAGGUCAAUAUGUAAAGAAUUAAAAUUGUUCAAGGAUCCAUUAUGCCAUGGACAAAAGCUCCAUCGUCAAUUUGUUCUCGCAAUAAAUAUUAUAAUAUCCGAACGAGGCGAUUGUCAAUUUUCUUUUGAAAAAUGUGAUAGCCCACAUGAUGUAUACUAUGCACCUAUGUGAAACCUUAUAUAAGUGAUAUUUUAGUUAAGUCGUAGCUAUAUUUUUGUUAUUUUCAACUGUGAGAAACAAAUAAAGUAAGAAAU